AUGAUCGAGACGCCGUGGGAGCACAAGGUGCAAGCCUUCGCGACCUUCCGCUCUGUCUACGGCCACUGCCGCGUGCCCUCGGGCUACCGCGUGCCCGCUACCGAGCCCUGGCCGGCGUACCUGCAUGGCCUCCCGCUGGGCAUGAUCUCGGCCAACGCCCGCAACGCGAUCAAGAUGCAGGACCCGGACCGCUUCGAGCAGCUUGAGGCCAUCGGCUUUGUGUGGGCGCCGACCGAGGGCAUUGAGCGCGCGGUCGUCAGCGUCUUUGGCAAGCCGCGCAUCCAGAAGCUCGAUCUCUCGGCGCUCGUCGCCGCGCUCCAGACGUACCACGACCGCCACGGGCACUUGGAGAUCCCGCAGGGCUUUAUUGUGCCCGAAAAGUCAGACGCGUGGCCGGCGGACGCGGCCAACGCCAUGCUGUGGUACGCGCCGCAGACGCUUCGCUGCUUCUUUUACGAUCUGGGCGUCGACGAGGUGGCGACCGUGCACCGGCUCUCGCUCUGCACCGAUUUGCCGCAGUGGAGCGACGUCCGGCGCCUCCUGACGCUCUACAAGACCAACGUCAAGCGCCAGACCGUGCCGAUAGAGUAUCUCGUGCCCGCCACCGACGCGUGGCCGACCGAGUUCCAUGGCCUCGGCCUUGGCGAGCUCGUGUGGUUCCUCGGCAUCAAGCGCGAGCUGCUGCCGCGGGACAAGCGGUUCAAACUCGACUACUCUCAGCUGCUUUUUCAAUCGCCCGAGACGUGGGCGUCCAUCGAGCGAGGCAUCGCCGCGUACGAAACCAUCGUCGACGGCGCCAACCCGGUACCCGCCGACUUUGUCGUGCCGCACACAGACGAGUGGGACGCCUCGCUGAGGGGCGUGCGCCUCGGCCACUUUGCGCGACGGUUCUGGCAAGCAAAGAAGCUGCUUUUGGUCAACCCGCCGAUGCGGCCACGCACGCCGAACGAACCGCCGGCCUCUUUGAGUAACCUCCUCUCGCUCAAGCGCAAGCGAGUGGACGCCGACGAGGGCCGCCUGCAGCGCCUCCGCGUCUUGUGGGCCGACAAGGUCGACGCGCUCAUUACGUACCGCUCCAUUUAUGGGCAUUUGUUUGUCCCGCAGGGGUUUACCGUCGGCGAGCACGACCGUCAGUGGCCGCGGCACCUGCGUGGCAUGACGCUCGGCGCGUACAUCACAGCGUUCCGGGGCGCGCUCCACCUCCAGCGCGCCCACCGCAUCGCCGACCUCGACGACCUCGGGUUCAUUUGGGUCAGCAAACACCGGGCGACGCGGCUGCCCGGCGUCGGCUGCACCAAGUCGGUGCCGCUGGUCGACCUCGUGGAAACGCUCAGCACCUUUCACUCGCUCUACGGCCAUGUCGACGUGCCCGUUGGAUUCACUGUACCAGACGAUUCGCCGCCGUGGUCGCGCAAGGCGAGUGGCAUCGUCGUGCGCGAGAUGCUCCGGCGCCUCCCGCACCACUUUUACGACCUAGACGUCGAGCAGCAAGUGGUCGUCCACGGGCUCGGGCUCUGCAAGGACCUCCCGCCCUGGGCUGAACUCCUCGAUCUCCUCCGCGUCUUUCGAGCCCAGUUUGGCCAUGGCAGCGUCGGCCUCGACUUUCAAGUGCCUGCUUCGCCCGACUGGCCCGCACGAUGGGACGGGCUCUGCCUCGGCGAGCUUGCAUUUGGCGUCGGGCUGCGGGCCGCGGGGCUCGCGUUCGGCGCCGAGGAGGAGCUUGCCGCGACGGGUUUUGUCUUCAACACUCCGACGACCUACGCGCGCAUUCUGCGAGCGCUGCAUGCACACAAGGCCAUUCAUGGAAGCGUCGACGUCGACGAGAGCUUUGUCGUGCCGACGGACGACCAAGCGUGGCCCACGGACAUUUGUGGACUGCAGCUUGGCCGCUGGCAUCGCCGCCUCCAGCGCAUCCGUGAGCUCCGGCAACUGCCAGCGUCCGUUCAGCAAGAGAUCGAGCGCCUCGAGAGCCGCCACCCGACCGACGAUGAAGCACAGAACGCGGCUGCACUGUGGGCCCACGUGCUCUCGGCGCUCACGACGUACCGCGCCGAGUUUGGCGACGUCAAGGUGCCGCAAGACUAUGUGGUGCCACCCGAGGCGACUGACCUCGAGCGACGCGGCCUCCAGCUCGGCGCUAUCCUCUGCGCUCUCCGGACGCAGCCGUGGAUCGACCCCGUGUACAAGGCGGCGCUGGAGGCCCUUGGGUUUGACUGGACGCAAGCAUCGGCGCCUGUAAGCGCGGCUGACGACGACGGGAGCGACGGCGAGGGUAGCGUCAAGCUCGACCCGAACGAGACCGAAGGCUCGGAAAUGUCGGGCAAAGCCGGUCCGCGACCGCAGCGACCGUGGGAUCACAAGAUCGAGGCUAUGAUUCUGUACCGGUUGGAGCACGGGGACUUGGCCGUGCCGACCUCGUACCGCGUCCCGGCAGCAGCGCCGUACCCGCCGCACCUCCACGGACUCUCACUCGGCAUCCUCGUCACGCAGCUGCGCUACUCGAGCGUUGUGGUGCCUCCCGAGCGCCAGCGCAUGCUCGACGCUCUCGGGUUCCUCUGGCGCACGACGCGGGGGGUGACGCGCGCCGUCCUGCAGUCCGCUGACUCUGGCAAGAUGCAUGCCCGCAACAUGCGCUGGGACCCGCUAAUCUCGGCGGUCGUGACCUUCAAGCGGCUCCACGGCCAUCUCAAGAUCCCGGCCGGGUUUGUCGUGCCGUCCGACGAUGACGACGCAUGGCCGGCCGCGGCGCGCGGUGUCGUGCUCGAGUACGUGAUUCCGUCGCUCCGCGCCCACAUGUACGAGCUCACAGACAGCCAGUCCCAGUGGGUGCGCUCCGCGGGCAUCGUCGUUGACAUUCCGGACUUCAAGACGUUUGUGGAGCUCGUCAAGACGUACCGCGCCGAGUUUGGCUCGGGCGCCAUCGCCCGGGACUUUGUCGUGCCGGCGUCGGGCGGGCCGUGGAUCGAGGCGUGGCGUGGCCUUGCGCUCGGGGACCUCGCGUGGUCGGUCGGCUUGAAGGCGCGAGCGCUGGACGCGGAGCAGCUGACGCUGCUGGACGAAGCCGGGUUUUACUUUAACGCGGACGCAACGUGGGCGCGGAUCCUCCGAGGGCUGCAGCAGUUUGCGCACAACUACGGCGCGUUGCGCGUGCCAAGCGCGUUCGUAGCGCCGGCUUCGUGGCCCUCGGACCUCGCGGGGCUCCGGCUCGGGUACUGGUCGGACCGCACACGCGUCGCGCACCGACUGUCGCUGCUGCCACGCGCCACCGCGGCGGCUCUCAGCGAACUCUGGGCGCCACCAACGAACAACAGCGCUCUGCCGUGGGUCCCCCCCAAGACGGCCGCCGAGGUCGAAUCCAUCAAGGCGCGACUGCGCGCGAUGGGACGAGUGCUGCGUGACGUAAUCGGGUCGGCGCGCCUCCCGCCGACGUUUACGAUUCCGACGACCGGCGUUGCAUGGCCGGAGCACAGCCACGGCUUCCCGCUUGCAGAAGGCAUCCGGUGGCUGCAGACCCAACCGCGACUCGGACACGCGGCGCAAGUGCGGCCUCCGAUUGAGCCGUCGCCUCGACAACAACUCAAAGUGCUGGAACCGACGCCGUCAGGACCGCUGCCACGGCCGCCGACCCCGGCAGUCGCGCCAACCAUGGCAGUCGCAUCCACAACGGCCGUGGCGCCGCAGGUUGCCGACUGGCACCAGAAGGCGCUUGCGAUUGCGAUUUACCGCGCACUGCACGGCGCCGCCGAAGUGCCGCGGGACUUUGUCGUGCCGUCGGUUCAGACGCGGCAGUGGCCCGAGAGCUGUCGCGGCAUGCGCCUCGGCAUCAUCGUCUCCAAGAUCUGCAGCUACAAGCGCAUGUACGACGUCGCAAGAGAAGCCGAUCUCCGCGCCAUAGGUCUGACGUGGCGCUCGGCCGCGCCCUCGUCGCGCUGCGUCGUGCGAGACCCGUCGUCCGGCGAGCGCGUCGUGCUCACCAUCGACUUGUCGGUUCAGAUCGAAGCGCUUGUCGUGUACAAGCGCCUCUACGGCCGCGUCGACGCGAUCCCGACCGACUUUGUUGUGCCGGCCGGCGACGAGGCGUGGCCGUCGGGCGCCGCCAACAUUCUCUUGUCGUUCGUGCCGCCGUCGCUGCGAUACCACUGGUUUGAGAUCCCGUCCGACAUGGAGAGGCUGCUGCGAAGCAUAGGUCUCUUGGCCGACGUGCCACCCUUUGACGGCUUUGUGUCGCUCGUCGACGCCUACCGACGCGUUGUCGGCGAGGCGUCGGUGCCGCUGGACUUUGUCGUGCCCGCCACGCUGGCCUGGCCGACGCAGUGGCACCAUGUGCACUUGGGCGAGCUCGCGUGGUUCGUGGGCCUCCGCGCGACCAAGCUCCAGUCCGACCAGACCGCCAAGCUGCGCGCGAUCGGCUUUCGCUUUAACUCGACGGCGACGUGGGCGCACAUUGUGAACGGUCUCCGGAUCUUUUACCGUCUCCACGGCCGAAAGACGGUCCCGUCCGAUUUUGUCGUGCCAUCUGACGCCGAGUGGCCCAGCGACCUGCACGGCGCGCGGCUCGGCCACUGGGUCGAGUGCAUGACGACGGCCAAACGCAUGCUGUUGCUGCCGCGAACGACGAUCGAGGCCAUUCGCGUCGCGGCGGCCGACGCCCUUCAACCCGCACCGGCCUCGAGCCCGGCAACACCGGUCGCACCCUCGCCCAUCGCGCACAUUCGUUCGACGCCAAGUACGCCGAGCCGGUCGGUGCCCGUGUCGCCGGCGCCGCGCCCGUCCAUGGUGGUCUACAACGUCGCGGUCGAAGCCCUUCGCGCGUUCAAGCGGAUGCACGGGCACUUGGAGGUGCCGCCGACGUUCGUCGUGCCCGAGAACGACCGCACGUGGCCGUCCAUGACGUGGAAGCUCAAGCUCGGUGUGUUCGCCCAGCGCCUGCGCAGCGACGACGCGAUGCCGACGCCCGUGCGCGACCAGCUCUCGGAGCUCGGCUUUGUGUUUUUCGACGACGCCCACCGCCAAUGGAUCGCGCACCUCCAAGCGCUCGAUCUGUGGAUGCGACUGCGCUCGCCGCCGUCCGAGUACACGCGCCUCGGCGACGUCUCGCCCGCGUGCCCCGAGAAGCUCGCAGACGUCGCAGUCGGCGCGUGCUUGCUGUCGCUUGAAAUCGGGCAGACGUUUGCGACCAUGAACCACCGGUUCGAGCUCCGCGUCCGCGGCAUCGACCUCGACGCGCGCUGGCUCGCCAAGCUUGAGGCGCUCGCGACCUUCAAGGCCCUCUUUGACCAUUUGCACGUGCCGCGCGACUUCGUCAUCCAGCCCGUCGCCGUCUGGCCGGCGUCCGCGCACGGCAUGGCGCUCGGCCAGGUCGUCGCAUGGCUGCGGCAGCUGACGCCGACCGGUAUCAUGCCGUCGGCUUUAGCGCAAUUGGACGCGCUCGGCUUCGAGUGGGACGACGUGCCGCUCGACGUGAUUCCAGAAGGUAUGACGCUCUUAGCAGCCGAGUUCCCGACGCACCCGCCGACGACGUUCGAGGUGCCGGCGACGUCGCCGUGGCCGCGCGAUCUCUGGGGCACCGACUUGCUACUGCUGGACGCCAAGCGCGAAUCGUGGCUGGCCGAGAUGGAGACCAAGUACGUCGAGUCGCUGGCACUGCUUUGGGUGCCGUCGGCCGUCACCCCUCUCUCGACGGGCAAGCGCGUCUACUCGGCCGUGCUCGUCCUGCAGUGCAUUGAGCACUACACGACGCUCCACAGUGAUUCGCGCGUCCCACUGCUCUUCCACGUCCCGAUGCGUGGCGGCGGGUGGCCCGAAGGCGCGUUUCUCAUGCCCCUCGGCUUCUUUGUCUGGGCGAUACGCGACCAGCCAGAGCGCCUCGACCCGUCCGUGCUCUCGACGCUCGGCGCCAUCAACUUUGCGAUUGCGAUGCCGUCGGACAAUCCAUCCGACGAUGACGACGAUGACGAGCAGGACUGUCCGAUGGCCAACGAAGACAACGACGACUGCCUUGCCGACCACGACACUGGCCUUUCCUUCGACAUCAACAUGAUUGUACCAGGCGACGACGACGUCCACGUCUAG